AUAUAAACAAACACGCACCGCGCCCUCUCAUCACCCGGAAACAGCCGCGACUUCUUCCAUUCAUACACACACACACACACACACACACACACACACACACACACACACACACACACAAACCAUGCCAUGGCGACGGCGCAGCAGCGCAGAGCCGCUCCCUGGGCGCUGCACGCGCUGCCGCACGCGUCGCUGAACGCGACAUUUCGUGGGCGCAAACUCGGGCCCGUGGCUGCGUGGCGGGGGAUCCAGUACGCGCGGGUCGGGGAGCGGUUUGCGGAGGCGGAGGGGGUGGACGACUGGGGCGGGGAGGUGGUCGAGUGCGCUGAGUAUGGGCCGCGGUGUCCGCAGAACGCCGUCGAUGUGGGAUAUUUGCUGCGGUUGCCGGAAAAGGGUGUGGGGUUGGAUGAGCAUGAGGAUGAGUUCGCCUGCUUGAAUCUCGAUGUCACGGGCCCGGCGGAGGUCGGGGAGCAUGAGAGGGGCAGGCUGCCGGUCAUGGUUUGGAUUCAUGGUGGUUCGCAGGUAGUGACGUUUGGCAGUGGAGCGUCAGGCGUCUGUGAUGCCUACACUAUUGUCAAGGACUCUUGUGGGGGCGACACGGGCUCGGGUUUGCAAAGGAGGCCUAUCAUCGUGGUAUCCGUCCAGUAUAGGCUCAACAUGUUCGCAUUUGGAGACGGAAAAGGCUCGCGGAAUUUGGCGUUGAAGGAUCAACGGCUUGCCAUUGAAUGGGUGCGAAAACAUAUUGGCGGGUUUGGCGGUGAUCCGAACAACAUUACAGUUGCCGGGGAAAGUGCAGGCGCCGUAUACGCCCAUGCUCAGGUUGUGACGGGAGCUCCGGUGCGACAGGCUAUUCUCUCAUCCGGGUCGCUGGGGUUGUCGCCUCCGCAGCCGCUGGAACGUGGUGAGACAUUGAUCAAAGCGAUUGAAGAGAAGCUAGGCGCCGCUCUCAAAGAUGUCCCUGUCGAAGCUCUCUUGAAAGCUCAAGCGGAGCUGAACAUUAACAGCCUUUGGCUCCAGGAGGAGGCGGACCUGGAAGGGUGGGACACCGAGACAGGAAACACCCAAGCUCUUCUUAUUGGCGACGUGGAAUACGAGUCGAUAAUAUGGAGGAGGGGAGUCGAGGCGAUGAGUGCGGGAGCGAUAGUCGACGCCUUCGAUCGGGCACCAGAGCUCCGGGGAUUAUAUAACAUCUCACAUUCAGGGGCGUUGGACUUUAUUCACGACGUUCGCUUCGGGCUACCCAUCCGGCAGCUGAGCGAGGUCUGGCGAUCCGCUGGCAAGGCAGUGUUUACGUACGUCAUCGACGAAGCGAAUCCGUGGCAGACAUCGAGCCGUGCACACCAUGCAAUUGAUCUACUUUUUCUUUUUGGCGGCGUCGACAUGUCGUUCAGCGCUACAGCGGCAGCGGUGGGCUCGCGGCUGAGGGAGAAGUGGAUUUGCUUUGUCAAUGGCGAGGCGCCAUGGGCGCGCGACGAGACCUUCGCGUUUGGGCCGUUCGGCGAGUGCAGAGGGCUCAGCGCCGGCGGGGUGGCAGCGCGGCGGAGGGUCGCGCACAUGAAGGCGCUGUCGGACAUGGCGGCAGCGAAAAUUCACAGCGUGUUUCUGGCGGUGGGCGCGGGGCGGGUCAGCCUGUGGAAUUGAUUUGUUGUGUCAGCGUACCGCUGAGGGCCAGGUGGUUGCAUGCGGCGGCGGCGGCCAAGCACAGGGGAGCUGAGGGGUAACUAGUUGAACUGGCAGAAAUGGAAGAAGUCGGACUUGGCCGG